AUGGCCGCCGACUCUGCUGCAGACCUAGAGCCGGUGGCGAACACCACCGCCCGACUUAAGACUCUGCUUGAACGAGCCAGAGAGGUGAAGCCGGAAGCCUCCAUCGACCCGCCGUUACGCACGUCGGACCUUCUGCCCGAGAUCAAUGCACUCCACGACGGUGUUGAUGCGCGAUAUGAUCAGGCCUACAAGGUCAAUGUUGUGGAAACGGCUGCUCGUGGAAUCUUCUAUGGCUUGCUAAACUCUACGCCUAUUGAGAAGCCUACUUUUGUCGAGAUCUGGAAUUUACUGGACGUUCUGGCCUCGUGCGGCGACCAAGGUGUGUGCGCGUCCGAACUGGUCUGCUACCUGAUCGAGGAGUUACUGGACAGCCAAACCACGGCUGGAUGCCGCAUAGUCUUCGAUUACCUGGAGUCAAGGCGAGAGCGACUCGCGGCGAAGGAUUUCCACAAGAAGAAUCUUAUCUUCCUGCGGUCGUGCAACGAGCUGCUCAAAAGGUUGAGUCGCGCCGAAGAUGCUAUCUUCUGUGGGAGGGUAUUCUUCUUCCUCUUCCAGACGUUUCCGCUUGGCGACAAGAGCUCCGUCAACCUGCGUGGCGAGUUCCACAAUGAAAACGUCACGAAGUUUGCAGUCCCGGACGAGCAUGGAGAAAAGAUGGAAGUCGAUGAAAAGGCAGGUGGUGCCGUCACGGUCAAGGCAGAAACGCCUCAACCACCAACUAAGCCUGCCGGAAAGGGCGCACCGCUAAAGAGUCCUCACAAGGUCCCGGCAGAGGUAGUGCUGUCAACUGGCGAACUCUAUCCUAUCUUUUGGCGACUGCAGCAGGAUUUCUCGGAACCAACGCGCUUGUUCGCUCCGGUGCAGUUUAAGACCUUCAAGGAUGGCCUAAGCCACACCCUAACGAAGUUCAAGAAAACGCCUACGGUUGUCCAGACCAAAGCCACGGAGACUGACAAACGAGGCGUCAAGCGAAAGCUGGGCGAAGAAGGUAUGGACGACGAAGCAUCAAAACACUUCGUCGACAACUACAACCCAAAGUAUCUGACGAGCCGCGAUCUCUUCGAUCUCGAAUUGAGUGAUCUAGCCUUUCAGCGGCAUAUCCUGGUGCAAGCUUUGAUACUCAUAGACUUCCUUAUCUCCCUGACGGAUAAGGCGAAGAAGAAGCUUGCGGUGCCCGAGGUCAACAAUAAGUCACUGCUCUACAGUUUCACCAUUGUCGAAGAGGAUGCGAAAUGGUGCCGAGACACUCGGCAAGCCAUCACGGACUACCUGCGCGCCACACCCACUUUCGAAGAAGGCCGCUUCUACCACCGCAUGGUCGAAACGGUUUUGGCGCGAGACAAAAAUUGGGUACGGUGGAAGCUCGAGAGCUGUCCAUCCAUCGUUAGAGAUCCGGUUUCAACCGAGCAAAUCUUGGAUGCUCGCAGGACUGCACGCAACGUUGCCCGUCCGCGUAAGGUACCGCAAAGGCCAAUGGGUGCCAUUGAUCUCUCCUUCCUUGCCGAGGGACAUGGUGGCGGGUUGGAAGCACUUAAAGAUCCUUCGCGGUACACUGCGCCGUCGGUUGAGGAGCUGAUCGAGGGAGUAAAGGCCGAUCAGCUGGAUCUGGAGAUGGCUAUGGAUGAUGCGGAGAAGGAGAGCAUACAGAAUGCCAUCACCAACAAGACGUGGCGCGUUUUGAGACAAGUACGGGAGAGCGAUCUGAAUCUGCUCAACAAAGUCAACCCUGAAAAAGGUAUUGAGUCGCUUUUUGAGCCGGCGAAGGACAGUUCU